AUGAAGGCAAGGAACAUUCGAAAACAUCUAAGAAAUCAAAACUGGGAGAGCAUUCCUGUCAAUUAUAUGCAUAACAGCAACUUGAUGGGGAGAAUAUAUCAUACAUGUAUCAAAGCAUCCCAAGAGGCUCUACGCGACAACGAUAAGACUGAUGACAACACCAAUAUCGAGCAGCAGCGGCAAGAAUAUAGCCAGCAGCCAGCUAUGCCUUUUCCUGAUUCCAGAUUGCCACACAGCUUGCCUCGACGCUUCUACUCGAUCAAUCAUAAGGUGACAUCCUUGUUUUUUCAGCAUUCUCCCACAGAAGAGCGCGAGAAUAGAUACCGCGAGGACGCUUGUAACACGGGUAUAGGAGACCGUGAGGAAGGAGAUGACAGGGACAGCGAUGUCGACGAUGAUAUCCAAGUUGACGCUGAGGAGGACUUCGAUACUCCCCCGAAUACCUCGCUAGCCCACCUCCUCGUGGUAGCGUAUAUGAGACUCCAAGGAAACAUGCUCGUCAAGCGUCAAAUGAGUGGUCAUCGAUCUGGCCGUGACUCAGAGCGUCGUUCAGAGAUUGAUUGGCCUAGCUAUGAUACUCCGUCUCGUCCUCAGCGGUAUGGAUGGCUGUAUAAGGCCCCUGAGUCCCCCUUCGCUCUGUCACCCAAUCCAUUUUCAUAUGGGUCGCAGGGGUCUCCAUCUAGCGGUGCUCGGUCGCGUUUUCCAACUCCGUUUCAGCCCGCAUACCCGUCGAGGCCUAUCGCCAAUCCGUCCCUUGAGCGCUCCCGUCGCUCACAGCAACGUCAGGGUCCAAGUGAGCAGCGUUCCAUAGACUCGUUCGUUCAGCGUACUGCUAAGCCGAGCCUUGAGCGAAGCCUUGCCGAGAAUAACCCUGAUAAUUCGUUCAUUAAGGCUGGGUAUCGGGAGUUCAUUUCAGCUUGUGAGGCUCGUGCUAAGUUGUUGCGCGCUCAAGCCGAGAAGGCCUUGAAAGAUGCUAAUCAACAGGAGUUGCUAGCUCAUCAGGCUACUCGCGUGUUAGCACGCCAGUUUCCUGCCUCUUCUGACGAUAAGAAAGUUGAUCCUCCUCAGCCUGGUUCGGGUGGCCAAGAUCCCGUUUGA